AACUCCUCAGAACAUGCCCACGGGCCUCCACACUUACCACAAGGGCUUGACUCUGCCUCUCCUGAGAAGCUGCCUAGCACAAAGCCCUCACCAACAGGAUGUCCCAGAUAUUGAGAGACCAUUUAAUAACGCCAAAGAAACAAAGGGCGCGCCACACCCAAGUGGACGACAAAGAGAAGGCAGCACAGCAGAUCUUGCCGGAACAGUCACAGCCUGAAGCUUGGCCAGCAUCCCCGCCCAAAGCCUCAACCCGGUUCCCUCCCAGGUCCGACGCCUACCUGAUUGUAGGGCUGCAAAACGAGCUGACCAGAUGCGGAAUCUUGAAGAACAUGAGUGACUACGAGGAUUUCUGGAAACUGGUUCGGGAGGAAGCUCUUGGAGUAGAAACUGAGGAAAAACUCCAGAAGAUAAAACUUAAGUUGAUGAAUCCCAGGCCCUGGCGGUCAGCUGCUUCCAGGAGAAGGGACACCAGGAUGCUGGUGACCACUCGUCAGGACAAUGGGACACACCAGGGGACACAGGGCCAUCCAGGGAGGGCACAGGAAGCUGUGGAGGAUGGACCAGAGAAGGAGAGAAAAAAACGCGGCCGGCACCAACCUGGCUUGGAUCCACUCAAGCACCCAAGGGACACAGCGACUCUUCUGGAUCGGCUCACGAAAUGGAGAAAAAGAUGUCAACAGUGGGAAACUGCCUGGAAAUUGUAUCGAGGACUUGAGGAGAGCAAGAUUAUGUGUAAGACAAAGACGGAUUCCCAAAGCAAGACAUAUCUCAGCAGGUUGUAUCAGAUGUAUUUCACCUCCCUUGCUAACAUGGAAUUCUCCCGAAGACUGCUGGAGAGAGAUGGUCGCUUUGCAGAGAUGGAUGCUGAGCACAGAGCUAGAAGCCUGCUUGACUACAUGGUUCCCAGGGGCCAUACACAGGCAGAUGUUCCACCAAGAGAACCGGGGGAGGAGGACUCCCCGGCCCCUGGCCAGCGGCCUCGAGCAGGACCUGCCCUCCGAUUUUUGAAGUGCCAGAGCCCAGGAAGUCCACAGAGAAGUCCUCACUUGAAGACAGGAAGACACCAAGUGACCCUGUGUGGCAUGUGACAAGCUUUCGAACACAAGAGGAGCAAGCUUGCUCCUGCCAGGGUGACCCCAGACCCCAGAGCUACAGCACCCCUGACCCUUGCACACGUGGUCCAGACCCAUCCCGUGGUGGAGGCCAAGACAGCAAGUCGGUACUGGGUGAACUAUGUGGAUGAUGAAUAAGAAUUUUUUUUACAGUCAUUAGGCAAAAUCCAAACAGGAAAUGACAGCUUUCUUUUUCUUUGGUUCUGCAUUACUUCUCUGGUGAAGAAGCUUGUACCUGACAGGAGAUGCCUGGCACUUUGUCCUUUCAUUGUAAAGGUGGCAACGGCACCGUCGUGCAGAGCCCGAACUGUGAACUCAGAUGACGGGGACGGUCAGACAGACAGCACAGUGGGCAGGAGCAGGAAGCUGAAUGAGGCUUCAGCCCAUGGUUAUUCAUUCUGACUCGUGGUCCUUCUGCCUGGGUCUUAAAUAAAAACGUGUUUUCUAUUUAA